UGCUGCUUUACGUUCUGAGAAUCUAGCAAAGUGACUAUACAGAUACAGAAUGAACUCACACGGUCUACGUGCGGUAGCCCAUUUCGACAAAACAUAUUUAUAAAUAAUAAUGACCAAGUAGCCAUCGGGAAAAUGCCUGUUAGUGACUAAACUCGGUGUGUGAUCACAAAAGUGCCUGGUUUGUGUCACCGUGUGCUAAGAGAUGUGUUUUAGGAUAACUUUAUUCGGACCUCUAGCAUGCACAUGUCAAUAGGAUCGAUCCCACCAGCAUGGAAAACAAGAAAGGGGCCUUUCAAAACCAAAACACCACGAACUCAGCUCCGCCAGUGGAAAUUCCAAACAACGAAUCAAUACCAAAGCACGCACACCAACACAAUAAUGCACCACAACACUUGCGUUUCCUCCAAUAUGGCCUAAAAAUUCCCAAUCACCAACACACCCAACUCACCCCCUCCCAUACGCACCAACAGCUAAACUCGUCCCUUCACAUGCACGUUCACCAACAUAACCCUCAAUAUCAAACAACUCAUCGUCACUUGCAACCAUCACCUCAGUUUAAUAGCAUGAAUAUCCAACAGAACCCUCAGUUUCCCCAACAGACCCUCAAAUAUAUGCACCAACACCAGAAACCAAGCAAUAUACAUCAGAAUCAACCAUUGUAUCAAGCUACUCAACCUCCUCCAUCCUCAGUCCACGCUCAUAAUCAAAUGGCUCAGAAUACUCCUCAAAUUUGGGUACCUCAUCAACCUCCACUUAUUCACUAUCAUCAGCAGCAAACUCAGAAGGCAGAAGCUCAGAAACCUCAUACGCCAACAAGCUCUCAAACCCAAAGUAAGCCAAAGGAAGUGCCAGAAAGGAAAAAAUCCAGUGGGGGCAGUUCUCACUUACGGUCACCUUCUGCGAAACGACCUUUGGAGGCGCCCGUUACUAUGCAAGGAUGGUUACAUAAGCAAGGGUCUGAAGGGCUUAUGUUGUGGAAAAAACGUUGGUUUGUACUCUCUGAGUACUGCUUGUUUUAUUAUAAAGGAUUGGAAGAGGAAAAAUUGCUGGGUUCAAUUUUGCUUCCAUCUUACAAAGUGUCAAUUUGCCGGCCAGAAGACAAAGUCAAUAGAAAAUAUGCCUUCAAGUGCGAACAUGCCAAUAUGAGAACUUAUAUAUUGGCAGCGGAUUCCCAAGAGCUGAUGAUGCAGUGGGUUCGUGUCCUCAAUCUCGCCUGCAUGUUACAAACCAACACUGAAAAUGAGAAACCUGCAGUCAUAGACACACCAACCCAAACUAAACCUGUGGAGAAUCCUGAGCCCCAAAAACAGAAUUUAAGGAGUACUCCCAUACACACUCAUUCAUCUAGUAGUACUACAGAUUUAAGCAAUCCUAGCCAAAUAGAACGAAAUCAGUUCAAUCAACCAUUAUAUGCCAAUGCUCCUCCAAAACCAAGACGAUUAAAUGAUGGCUUCUCGUCUCCUAGCCCAGAUGUUUUGGAUAGGUACCCCAAUCCCCAAUAUAUAGAAACGAUACAUAAUAGGAGCCUUGCUAAAUCACCCAUUAGUAUAUACAGUCAGCAAAUAGUAAAUCCACAAAUGGCGCAACCUGAGUAUUACUCUCAUAACCGUCCAAAAGACAAUUCUCGUGAAUACAUGUUCACUCCAACUGGUGAACCUCAUAAUACAAUUCCAAAUACUGAAAGAAGAACACCAGAUACUUACGGUAGAUCUAAGUUGCACCCAACUAAAUUCCGUCACCCUACUGAUUACGAAGAUAUUUAUAACGAUCAAAGUAUGUACAAACGCCCUUUGAGCCCUAUAGCGUACACGCAUGUAGUAAAAAAGAACAAUCCCCCGUUAAACCCUGCUUACAGGGCCUACACUCCAGUGAAUAUGUUAGGCCCUGCAGAUGUUGUACAGUAUGCUCCUCCGCAAAUGAGAAAAUCGCCUAGCUGCAUAGCAAGACCUCAUAGUGCUGACUUUCUUGAAUAUGAAAUCAGUCAUCGCCAACCGAACGCUGCUGUGUUGACAAGACAGCAGCCCAGGCCUAAGUCUAGCUUAGAUAUUAAUAGGAAUCUUAAUGACAGUGAUAAUUAUUUUUACUCGGAAGAGCGAUAUGCUGAGAAAAUGAGGAAGUCUGCACAGUACUUACAUAAAAUGCCUCCUCGCUUUACCGGUCCUGCUGAGCCGAGUCAUCAAAAGGUCCUACCUGUAAUGCGAUAUCCUGAGAACGACAACACAUUUCCCCUUAUGCGAUCUAACACUCAACCGAUCAAUUUCAGUACAUUACAUAUUAGAGAACCUCCGCCUGACCCACAGCCAGUUCGAAGUAGGAGCGUAUUAAGUGAGGGCUCGUUGUCAAAAGAAAUUGAUAUGGAUUUCUGUGGGAGCUCCAGAAAUAUCACGGAAAGAGGGUCUGUUAGUCCAGGAUACUCGAUGAGAGAUAUGUACAAUUAUAAUAAUAAUAUUAAGAAUAGAGAAUACGAUCAGUUCACGAGAUCUGCUAGUGCCAGACUAGCGCAAACAACACCGCAGAAUGAGAGACCGCAAGAUAGGAGACAUAUGACAAGAGAAGGAGAAAGGAAGAGAGAAGAAUCGAUGAGGAGAUUGUUGGAGUGGAAACAAAGAAUGUUGCAGUCCCCUCUAAACAGAAAAACUCAAGGUAAUCGGGCCUACUCUAGUAGAUGUGAUAACUACCAUAUAAACCCCGAAAAUGGCUAUCCUGUGCAUAAUCAUCUGAAACAUGGUGAGCCCCACCUAGAUGAUAGACGGUCUAUCACCAAUAUGCCUCAGUAUAAUAGUUAUUCCUCAGACGAUGAAGAAAAUGAGGAGAGAAGCAAGGAAAGUGUGCACUCCCAGGCAGGACGGACCUUGGACACAUUUCCGAAUAAUUCCGAGUCACCUACACCUGCACAUACCACUUCUACCACUGUAUUUAAUACCUUCAAGGAACCUGAUAAGCCAUUAAUGCACUCUGACUUUAUGCAUGACACACCUUACACAAAUAUCUUCCAACUGCCUGAGGAUGAACCUUGCAAAGAUUCUGAAGAUAGCACAUUCACCAAACCUCUUAAACAGUUUAACAAAGAGUCUUCCAAUCUUGCACAUGUCUCUAGCUUAAAAUCUGAGUACUUCGAUAAGUUUGAACAGAGCCCUAUUAUUACCGAAAUCAAAAGUAAUGGUGCACUUGUCAAAUCCAUCUUAGCCGAAUUUGAGACAAAGACAGAAGAAGCCAACGAGGACACAACUGAAGAAAAAUCUGAUGAUGCAAUCGACAUAGACUCGGUAAUAGAAGAAAACUAUAUGACGAUGACCCCAAAGAAGAGUGUUUUAGGUCCUAGAAGUAGUACCAACAGCGAUGCCACUGUCAUAUUUAAUGAUUUAGAAACGGACGAAAAUCACUAUGUGGAAAUGACUCAAAAUGCAGAUGCUUCCCUUUUAGGAUCUACUUUGGCUAAUAAUGACUUAAUAGAGCAACAACCUUAUGAGAUGGUGUGUUUUAAUGAGGGAAGACUAGAACCUGUUUAUAUGGAACUCAAAACGCCUGAUCAGAAAACUGAUAAAGACUGUAAAGGUUUACCUGAUAUUUUAAUGGCAUCGAAAAGUAAAAAGGCUGGUGCUAGCAAAUCAGACAGUUCGGAUGCUGACGAUGAAGCUUCAAAAGAUUUGAACUCUUUAGAUACACCAAACCAACCUAGGUUUAGCUUGUCCGAUACAUUUAGACCUGCUUCUUAUUAUCUUGGAAUUAGUAGAACCGCUCCAGAAUUCCAGGACAGUUCUGACAGUGAAUUAGUAUCCCCUCCUCCCAUACCAUCUUCACCUCCUCCACUAGACGACCUAGAAAACAUACAAGAUUUUAACUUUACGGUUCAGGAUAAAUCGAAGAAGGAUGAAUCGUAUCGUUAUAAUUUACUGGCUAGGUUACAGGUUAAUAGAAACUCGGAUCAGUUCUUCAACAGCGCUAACAAGAAUUCAAAAUGUGCUACUAAAUUUGGAAAAGGUAGUACGCAGUCGUUGGAUGUUAAAAAAGAAAGUUUCUUUUCAAACAAUAAAAGUGAUGUUUCCUCUGUAUGUAGUGCAAAUAUAGACACUGAACUUCGAUAUGACAGUAGAUUGUCACAUAACAGCGACUCAGAUGUAGAAAUUCGUAUAGCAAGAUUAGUAGACUAUGAAAACAUGUUGAAAAGACGACCAGUGUCUGAAGAAUUUUGCAACGAAUUAGAAUCUCUGGAUGGUACAUUCAGUAAUGAUAAUUUAAAUGAUUUGCUAGUCAGUAAUACUAGCUUAGCAAGCAAUGAAGAAAGUGUUUCUCAUAUAGAGUAUCAUGAUUACGAAAAUUUCUUCAUUUCAAGUUACCCAAAGGGUAAAUCAGUAAUUCCUGUUGCUAAAACUCCUCGUCCUGCAAUGGCUAGUCCUGUUAUAUCGCAAAGUGCCAUAAAAGAAACAAACGAUAUACAAGCCAAUGCUGAAUUUCUACAAAUAGGUCGAUCAGAGAGCAGUGCUUCUACUUCUGCGGAAAUAAGCAGCCUACUGCACAAUUCUAAUUGUUCUACUCCUGUCGUAGAGCAAGAUGUAAUGUCCACCUCAUCUUUAUACAUGUCAGAUCGAAGGGACAAAUCAGCAAAUUCGUCCUUCAGCCAAUCUGCUGCGCCAUACUACUACUCUGAUUUGUCCGUCAAUACAACAAAUACAGAAAGCGGCUCAAUGUUAACACUUAACAAUCAAAGAGGUGCAAUGAAUGGCAGCAAACGUGAUAUUACUCGAAUAAUGAACCCUAUAAAAUGUAAUAGUCAUAUAAGAAAUUCAUCGAAUGCUAGUAUUGAAUGCGAUAUGGAAAAAGAUACUUUUAAGUUAGCUGCAGAAGCUAGAUCUGUAUCUGUGGAUUUCCUAAAUUUAACGGAUAAAUCUGGUAGUAUUGACAAAAAAAAUAUAUAUGAAUCGGACACACUGAAAAGACAAAAGAUUUCUGAUUUGGCAACACCAGAAACUAGAAAUCUGUAUCCGAUGAGGAAAAAUGAUAAAUUUAACACAGAAGAUGAUACAUCAGUGCGUAGGUCACAUUCUUUAGAAGGAUUGCUUGAAAAUGUCCUAAGCGAAACUAUAGAUAAUGAUGUUGUGGCAGAGAGUGAAUCGGAGAACAUCGAAAGGCAUCAAGUCACAUCAGAAGGUAGUUAUUUGUGGGAAGAGGAUUCGAUAUGGAGAGAAAGGUUAAGGUCAGCCAGUCAAAGACAUACAAAGUCAAUGGAAGACUUGGAUAGCAUAGGAGAGGUGAAGAAGAAACAAAAAAAGUCAUCUAGAGGUAUAAGUCGAGACGUGACUUACGUAAAUGACAAUUUUUUCAAGCAAGAUAAGCAUCAAAAAGAACAGGAAAACAAAGAAACGAAGAGUAGUAAGAAUGAGAUUAAAAAAGAGGGUAGUUUUAUAAUUGAUAGGGAAAAGCUGAGACAGUGGGAUUUGCUAUCAAGUGCACCAUCCGAUGAUCAAUUAUCCACAACAACGGCUGUACAGGUACAAGAAGGUAAUAACUUGGUGGUAGAAUUAGGUGAGGGGAAUUGUGAUCCAACUGAAAAUAGCAACACACAAGAAGCAGCCUCAGGUUCGAUAUCGAUAAACCCUCGAGAUGUAUCUCAAUUGAACAUGAGAGACACAUUUCCAAGAUCGAUGUCUACUAAAAAAGUAUGGCCAUCGAAUCAGCCACCUAUGGAAUCAAAAUCUGUCACCAAUUUAAGCAGAAAUAAUGAAAUAGAGCAGUUUGGUCCCUCGAAUCCUCAGAAUUACUACCCAGGACAGCAUGAUAUACCCCCUGAAGUGACUCAUCAAAUUACUUCUAGAAAAGAAAAUUGGCCUGUAAACGAUAAAAUGAAUGUGUCUGCUGGCGAGUUACUUGGUAGAACACAUGAGGAAUUAGUUUUGUUGUUAAUUCAAUUGCGCAGACAAAGUGCGCAAACUGUACAAGCGAUUGAAAAUUGUUACAAUGAAAUUGACACGAUACAGGCACAAUUGCAUAUGAUGGAUCAGGCUAGAAGAAUGGAAAAUUUGCAAAAAUUAGAACAAAUUAAACAACAUUUGUUGGAACUAGAAAAACAGUAUGAAAAGGGGAAACCGUUGGUAAAUUUAGUAGACAAUAUGGUAAAACUUGGUUCUUUAUACCGCGUCCCGACAGAUAGAACCAAUUUAACUCCUUAUAUUCGCGAUCGUUUGGAAUUUAACCAACAGAUUCAAGAGCGUAGGCUUUUAGCAGAAGAAAAACGUGAAUGGAACAGAUUGAAUCCGAACCACUUCCACCUGCAAGAAAAAGUGCAGCAACUCUACCAGUUGGAUCGGUUGAUACAUGAAGAAUCGGGCACUUUGCAGAACCUUCAACAGGAUAAAGAGGACAUUGAAAGGGCCUUAGGCGGAUUAAGACAUCGCCUUUCUAAAGGGUUUAACGAUCCGGCCGAGAUAGAACAAGCAAGGAAGCAACAAAUUAUGUUGGAAAACGAACUGAGCAGAGUGCACUUGAUGUUAGCACAAAAUUCAAAAAAACUAGAAGAAACAGUCGCUGGAAAUGCUAGGUUAGAACAGGAACUUCUAGUUCUGAAACAAAAGUUGCAAACUUCUAGACAGCAGAGGAGUUCACAACAAUUUUCUAAUGCUGGCGACAGUUUGACGUGUGCAGUAGGAAACAGCGCCAUGUUAGAAUCCGAUUUGCAGAGAGUACAAAAGAAAAUUGGAGACCUUCAGAAGCAACGUCAAGAACUGAGUAUACAAGUACGACAACUUACGGACAGAUCGAACAACAUACCACAACAGAAGUCAUCCCCCAGUUCAGUACAAAGUAGUCAGUGUAAGAAAAAAAUUACUUCACUAUGGCGUGAGACUGAUUUGGAUACAAUGAACAUCGUCGACCAUGGUGAAUUAUGGGAUAAUUCAAUAAGUACAAACCCUUCCACUCCCCUUUACAUAAACACGGAUAUGAAACUUGGCGACUCCGACUUCUAUAAUCGUAGUACAAGAUCUAGCGAUUCGACAAGUGAUAACACUUCCUUGAACUCCAAUAUACCUCAAGAGAAACAGGAAAUUAAAACAGUACGCAUAGUGAAACGAGAAUCGGAAAGACGACAGAGAGAUAGAGAAAAAACUACCACGGGUAAAUGGGACACGGUUAUGGAGGAAGAUGAUUCUUCCCAAAAUUCCAGUAUCCUUUUCAGGCCUACGCCCGUUCAAAAGAUCCAAAGUGCCACCAAUCUAGCUUCGCCAAGCUACGAGGAACCCAAAACUGACUUGCUAAGCAGGCAGAACUCGAUCUCCAGUCCAAAUUUGCCGCAGUGCUCAGACGGAAGGACCACAUCUAGUACGGACGUUAGCACGGAUAAAUCACCCGAAUUAUCCCCGAUAUUCAAAAGCGAAGCCGCGCGUCAGAUAAUCACCGAAAUGUCUAUUCAAGAUACACCAAAACAUAACAACAGACGUGCCAUUCCUAAAGAAAAACGUAGACACUACACGGCGCCACAUAACAACCUGAUAAUGAAGAGCUUACAUCAGCUUCCGACUGACAGCAAUGCUUUCAACAAAAUGAUAAUGAACAGUCGAAGAGCCAGGGAUGACAUGGACAUGGAGAGGGCGCUACGGCAGAGAAUCGACGCACCCGAUGUCGUCCGAUCCACCCUAAGCAAUAAAGAACUCAAGUAUAACGAAAACACCAUAGAUAAUAUUCUGGGCACCCCAAAUAAGAUUAGCAUACCUGAACGGUACAUACCUGAACAGUUACCACAGUUAUCGGCGGAAGAACAAGAGUAUAGGCUGAGGAAGGUAGAAUCGAUCAAGAAAAUGCUUUCCGAUACUGCUCUUAUCAGUAGCAGUUCGGCUAACCUGAAUUCAACCGAGGAUAAGCAAGCUGAUAAUACAGCUAACAGUAUAACGAAUAAGGCGACUACGAAAAUGAUUGAAGAAAAAAAACAGCGGGAACAUUUGUUGCAUCUCAAUCAAAUUCUUGCCAAACAAGUUAUGGAAAUGAGUAAAAUUGUCGCAGUUAAAGCACUGGCAAAGUUGCCUCUACAACUCCAUCAGGUGAGCACCGAGGAAGAAGAUUCUUCACCUUUAACUCCAUUGCCCAUAUACCAACAGCGUGAUAACUUUUAUAGUUAAUAUAUUUAAUUUAGUUUUGGUGGUACAAAUUUAAAUAGUUGUGUUCAAAUGUUUGGCAUGUUGUACAUUUUAAAUAUAUGCAGAUCUCCACUCUAAUGUAAGUCUCUAGCGAGCUCUGAAACGAUAUUCAAAAUGUAAAAAUAAAGAACUGACGCCAGACAAUAAGAUGUAAUAUAGUACAUAAAACACAGGUGAAUAUAAUAGAGUUGUUGUUACGGUUAUAAAAUUUACCUGUGGCAUAUGAAAUAAAAAAAAAUAUGAUUUUUGUUUAUAAAACGCAUGAUCUAAUAAUUUUUAUUCAAAAUUAGAAAACUUCAAAUUGACAUUUUUGAAAACCGACUGAUAGAACGGAAAUGUGGUUAGGUGUUAUCUCGGAUGGCCUAAAUGCGGUUCUGGCUUAGUUGAAUGUAUAUUAUAAAAGUUUUGUUGUACAGUUAUUAGAUAGGUCUAACGUAUUGUUAAAGGAUAAUUAUUAAACUACAUUUUGUUAAGAUUAUGCUCAAGAUGUAUUUAAAUGUAUAUAUAUGUUUUUAUUUUUUGAAUUUUUAGGGUGACGGUUUUCAGUCGAACCUCCUCCGUUUUAUUAAGAUGUUCACACGAAAAUGACCAGUCACGGUGGUCUUGACUGGUCAAAUAAAUCCUUUAUUUUUGUAGUGACAAAAUGAUUUUACAAACGUUUGUUAGAAUGUUGUUAACCAGUUUUGUGAUUUCUGGAUUGUAAAUAUAAAAGUUAAUAGGCUGUGUUCUCGUAUGAAACAAAUGUCAAUUUUAUAUAGAGUUGAAUUUUAUUGGUUUUUUAGUUUUAAAGUUGGUUUUUAUCUAGAUGUAUUUCUUGUGAACAUCGUAACAAGGGGCAACUAUUCUAAUACUACAAUCCGAAUUUUUCUACCUUUAUUAGCUAAUAGUUAAUUUUAAGAGCAUAUGAGAAUUUUUUAUAUUAUUUAUUGCUAUUAUUAGGAUAAGCCUUUGUAUAGAUUGUAUUCUUUAUUGUAAAACAAUAUUAUGAUUAUACAUAAGCCACAGAGUUAUUUUAUUUUGGUAUUAGCACUGUGCCGCUCAAUGUUGUUAUAGAGAAAAAGCAAUAUUCAAAAUUAGUUUCGGAAAUAUUAAAUCAGCAUGUUUUGUUCUUUAUAUUCAAUAAAAUUUUUAAACAGA